AUGGUGAUAAGCGCCCUGGUAUCUGUUGGACCCACCACUUUUCUAAAAGCCCUUUUCGGGUUUGUUGCUCUGUAUUUCGCUAUCCUUGCCAUCAAACAAAAAUUAGCACUCAGAGCUUCAGCUGGACAUGCAGUUCGCACUCGGGGCAGGCCCUUCUAUGUCGGUCUGGACAUGCUUUGGGAGACUCUCACCCAUGCCAAAAAACAUCAAUUUCUCGACCUUCAACGGACUCGCUUUCGGAGAUAUGGCAAUACUUUUAGCACCAAACGGCUCGCAACUACGGUUAUCACGACGUGCGAACCCUCGAACAUAAAGACGAUUCUAUCGCUGCGGUUCAAGGACUACGAGCUCAAACGAUUGAGCUCAUUUGGUCCCCUCCUAGGGAAAGGUAUCUUCACCACAGAUGGAGCCGAAUGGAUGAAAUCUCGUGCCAUUCUUCGUCCAAAUUUCGAUAAACCCCAACUUGUGAAUCUUGAAAUGUUCGAGAGUCUAAUGCAGGAGAUGUUCAAAUUGAUCCCGGAUAACGGUGAUACCGUUGACCUUCAGAAGCUCUUCUUUUGUUACACAGUUGACUCUGCUACCCACUUCCUUUUUGGACACGGCGUCCAUUCUUUGAGAAAGCUCCGUCUCGGCAGCGCAGGAGACGACACGGAAAUCCAAUUUGCGACUGCCUUCAACUAUGCGCAAGGCUCGGCCAGAAUAAGACACCGUCUUGGUCCCUUGAAGGCGCUUUACCAUGACCGCAAAGCGAUGGAGUGUAACAAGAUCUGCCAUCAGCUUGCCGAGGAAUGUAUAGACAAAGCUUUGCAGGCUCAGGCCGAUGGUGCGUCAGGCAAGAAAAAGCGAUAUAUAUUCUUAGAAGAGUUACUUGCCCAGACGAACGACAGACGAAGGAUUCGGGAUGAGCUGCUGAACAUCCUACUGGCCGGACGGGAUACAACUGCUUCCUUACUGAGUAACCUGUUCUUUAUGCUGGCAAGACACCCGCAUAUCUGGCAGAAGCUCCGCACAGAAGUUGCCAACCUUGAUGGGCAAACACCAACAUAUGACCAGCUGCGGUCCUUCAAGUACCUCAAGUACUGCCUAAACGAAUCUCUCCGGGUUCAUCCUGUUAUUCCUGUCAACGCUCGAUUCGCCACCAAAGACACUGUUCUCCCUGUUGGAGGUGGUCCAGAUGGUCAAGCCCCUGCGUUCGUGCCACGGGGAUCAAUGAUCGUAUAUGAUGUAUACAACAUGCAUCAUCGGCAGGAUCUUUACGGUCCUGACGCUGACGAGUUUCGACCGGAGCGGUGGGAGCACCUAAGACCACGUUGGGAGUAUCUUCCAUUUAAUGGGGGGCCGCGGAUCUGCCUCGGUCAGCAAUAUGCGCUGACCGAAGCUGGAUAUGUCACGGUACGGUUGGCACAAAGGUAUCGGACUCUGGAGAGUCGAGACCCUUAUCCGUGGGUGGAAGACCUAACGUUGGCUUUGUCCUCUAAGAAUGGGACUCAUGUGUCCUUGAUGACUUAG